ACCGCAAGCUACGGCGUGAAAAAUAGUUGAGGUGCUCGUUAAUUCGGAGAAUGCACGGGAUUAGGACUCACGGAUAUGGAUGCUUUAAGUUAUUUCAAUAACUGCACGUUAUCUGCCAGUGUUCAGAUAAACGUCACCAACGAAGACAAAUCACUUGCGUAUCAGUGUCGUCAGGUGUAACGUAAACUAGCAAGCUAGCUAGCUAAAGUUAAUGCAGUGGGGAUACAUUAUUGCUAGUAACGUUAGCUAACGUUCGUACCUUUCCUUAGAUAGUGGAGUGGGGAUACAUUAUUGCUAGCUAACGUUCGCAAUACCGUUGCUUAGCAACAAAUAAGCUACUCUUAAGCGGAAGAAUACAUUUACCAUAAACAUUGUUUAAUUAAAAAUCCGUCUCCGUUUCGAGUCGUGCUUAACCACCCAGGUAAUUGUGCCAAUAUCCACGAAAUACCACGGGUUCUUGUUCCAUAACGCUUAAAUGCCAGGCAAAAUCAAUUCCAAUGCAACCCUAUAAAAACGUCGAGCAUCGUCAGGUGUAGUUUUAUGUAUCAUGUUCACCGGAGACUACGCCCUCAAAAGAAAGCAAGUCACUUGUCAAACAGAGGAAGACAAACAUUUGUUUCCACACUUAUAGUGAUCACGAAAAACGCUGAAAGAGUAAAUAGAUCAUUGCUAUAUUCUAAAUAUGUUUCAGUUCACAGAAAUCCGGUUCAUUGACUCGUUUUUUUAACUAGUCACAUGUAUUCUACGCGAUAUUCCAGGAACGCUGAGUAGGCGGGAGGUGACGGGUAUCGUGUUAAAAGCGAAAACUAUUUAGAUAGAUACAAGAAGCUGCUGUAGCAUUUGGAGAAACAGAAGUUGCAUUUCAGACGUGCAAAUCUAAUUGUAAUCAUGGAGGUCCAGCUGGUUUGUGUUUUGCUGACUUGGAUCCUGGCUGUAUUAGAAGCCAGUGACGAUUAUACAGGGAACCACAGCUUGGUCAUAUACGUGACAUUUGCACCUGGGCACAGAUUCCUGCCAGAGUACACCUCUUACGGCAUGCUGGAUGACCUGAGGGUUUUCCACUACCAGAGUAAUUUAAUGACCAUCUCCAGUCCACUGAAGCAUCAUGCCUCCCUGUCCUCUGUCUGGAAGGCCCUUGAGGACUGCACCAUUUUCAAAACUGGUUUCUUCAAACGUUUCGUGAGAGAUGCAAACACAACGUUAGACGUGAAUGUUCCGAUCCUGCAGCUUAUCUAUGGUUGCCAACUAGACGAAGAAGGAAACCAGCGAGGACUGUACCAUUUUUCUGUCGGGGGGCAACACAGUCUCACACUGGACCAGGAGAGUGUUAGCUGGAGCACUUACCACCCACAAGCCAUAGGGUUCAAGGACAUUCUGGAUGGCUUCAAGAUCUGGAACCGCAAUAAUCUGAUGUACAUAAAACAAGACUGCGUCCCAAGAUUGAAGAAAUUCUACGAGCACGGCAAAGAGAUGAUCAACCGAAAAGAACGCCCUGAGGUUGCCAUCAGGUCGAGAAGUGGAGCGGGGUUGGUCCUCGUCUGCACAGUGACCGGAUUCUACCCCAGGGAGAUCUCAGUGACCUGGGAACGGGAUGGGAAGACCAUCUCAGAAAACGUGUUGGCCACAGACAUCCUGCCCAACCACGACUUCACCUACCAAGUGCAAAAAUCUGUGGACGUCCCGGACAAUGACCCCCGCAAAUACACUUGCUGCGUGGAGCACAGCAGCCUCCCAGAGGCCCUGUGUGUUCACUGGGACCCUCCCGGUGCAGGACUGUCUCCUAAGCAUAUUGGCAUAAUCGCUUUUUUCUGUGUCUUCAUGGUCCUGUUAAUAUCUGCGCUCAUCUGGAGGAGACGGAGACAAGCCUUGAAGAACCUUGAUUAUUGAAGAACAUAGAAAGCAAAAUUGAGAGAUUGUGUGAUGGAAACAUUAUUUUGUGGGUUUUGUUUGGUGUUCGCCGUUCAACAAGAUACAUUGGCAGUGUUACAGGUAUGCCGUUAGCUCACACAGAGUAGCUUCACUCAUUUGACUGGGUUAUUUCCUGUCAUUCUAUUCUGUUGCCCUGUGCUGAAGGGGUACGUUUCCCACCUCAAUUGUCAUUUCAGAUGUGUUAUAAGCUUUUCAAUACUGUAGCUUUUGUGUGAAAACAAUACUUUUAAUGUUUAAUGAGGAUACUGUUAUUUUUAUUCAUAAACACAAACAUGCUCCAACUGCAAACCAUGUACAUAAUCUAUCAAUUAUCUAGUUUACAUAAGCAUACACGAUCAAUUCGGAUAAACAUGUUUGAGUAUAGCAGUGCUUAGCUGGCUAUAUGAAGGGUGAAUAUUGUUUAUGCAUGCUACUGACAGGUCAAAAUGAUUACACAAUCCUGGGUUUAUACCUGGGUUUAUGUGAGACCCCAUAAUACAUCAUAUUUGAUGUCAAAACAUUUUGGUCAUAUAUACCUCUAUAUUUUCUCCCAGUUUCAAACUGUAAUAAAUGUCAUAACUUGGCCAGUUAAAUGUCGCUGUACUGCAGUGUAAGAUUGUUCCUUGACAUGCUGUUAUAAUGAUCUGGAACCACGACAAUCUGAUGUACAUAUUCCAUUUCAUCUGUGCCAGUCUGUGUCAGAAAGUGGUACCUGCUGGUUCUAUACCUUCAUACUCAACUUUACUGCUGUGAAACCAUACUGUCCACCAGCCAAACCCUAUCACAGGCCAAACAGUGUAUGAUCAUGCAUAUGCUACCCAGCUAGGGCUAAGCAUUAAAGCAAUCUUUCUGGUUAUUUUAUACAAGAAGACAAUGUCACUGGAAUUCCAUUCCUCUGGGCUAACUGACACCGUGUUUGUGGUUGGCUGACAGAGUACUGCUGACAGGCUGAUUUACAUACAGCUGACCAGGAGAUAUAUUGGGCUAGUAGAAAUGUGUCUUAAAUAGUCUACAUGCACUUUGUUUUCUAUUUUUGCCUAAUAAGGGUACUGUAACUUUUUAUAUUUGUACUUAAAUAUGUAUUUAUUUACAGCUGUAAUGUAGGAUGUUUCUGUUUGUAAGUGGUAAGUUAUAUUUGUAACAUUGUAAAAAAUAAAAAUAAAAAGCAAAAAGUGUAA